UUUUUGUCACUGUCCAAUGCGUUGCGGUGUUGAUUAACGUCUAACUGAAAUUUUGUAUAUUUCAACUGAUCUUUACCUGAAUAUUUUUUUUUGCGAAUCGCAUGUUUUAUAAAAGCCGUUCAAAAUGAUCAGCACAAAUAUGCUAUCGGCCAAUAAGGUCAAACUGCAUGGCAUGACAUCAACGAAAUGGACUACAAAGGACAAAAUAACUCAAUAUAAGGGGCUGAUAAACCUCUACACAAGAGAUAAAAAAAUUAUCGAGGUCGAUACUUUGAUCUCUCAAAAGAAACAAACCAAAGAACUUAAAGGCAUCCAGAGGGAAAUCGAACAAAACCGGAAAGAUUUGGAAAAUGCAGUACAAGGAGAUAAGCAGAAACUUAGGAACACUUUGGCUGCGCAUAGAGAAAUGCAACUGGCUUUCCAGAACUCACAGCCACAGAAAGUCAUCGAUAUGGUACACCAAGUCAACUUUACCAAAAGGAAGACACGCGAUAUUUUAAAAUACCGAAUGAAAUUAAAAUCAGAUAGGCUAGUCGAUCUAAAGUUGAGGUAUGCUUUGUAUGAAGACAGAUUGAAGUAUGAUGGUCAAAGUUGGUUGACAAUGUUACCUUGCGAAAGGACGGCACAUUUGAUAACUGGAAAAGUAAAUGCUGCCAUAUUGAGGAAAGAAGCUGCUAUAUACAUAAGAAACGCUUAUAAAGAGAUGAUAGCGAUCAUGAAAAAGGAUGCUCUUUACUUUGACGCUAUAUUGGUAUCAAUACGUAAUGAUGGUUUGAACCAAGGAAAAUGUAUGAUAAAUGCAACAAAACUAGGACAGUUGGGCGCUGAAUAUCUAGAUGACAGAAGGCAAGAUUUCCGCUUUCUCGAAAAAGUUGUAAAGCAAGACAUGGUGGUGCGGAAGAGAGAUUUAGCGGAAGUUCGGCAUAAUGUGGAACAGUUUGCGGAGAAUUUGAAGUUUUUGCUAAGACGAGACAGCGACAUAAAUUUAGGUUCCGUCAAUCUUCCUGACUCACCAAGUUUCGCUAAGUUUCAAGAAGACCUUUAUCAUGUUGAGGCAACUUUGAAAUAUCUGAAAGACGCUAUUUUCACCCCUACGAUCGAAUCUAUAUAUCCAUGCUUAAAAGAGCAACUGUAUCAAAAAGAAAGGCUUACCGAGCUAGUCAAAAAAUGUGAGAACAAUAGAGAUAUGCUUUUGAAAAAGAAAAAUCAUGCUGCUGCGUUAAAAUCGGAUCUAGAAAAUACUAUGAUUGAAACCACCACUGAAUAUACACAGAAGAAGAAAGAGUACUUAGAAAAAAUUAAAGAACAAGAGAAGGCAACAGCGGGGUACGAAACAUUGAUCAAAAGUCGUUAUAACUUAUUGGCAAACGUUAGGAUUUCCUUGAAACACUUCCAGAUUCUCUCAAAGUUACUCGCAUCUAGUCAAAAGAAUUUAUCGUUUAAGGUUCCGGAAUUUAUGCCGCAUACCAUGGAAGUUCCUGAAGAGGACGAAGUUGAUGGUGUCAAGAUGAUUCCAGAACUGCAAGCAAAAUUUUCGCGAUUGGCAGCAAAUGCAAAGGAAAUACUAACAGGGACAGCAUUGGAAAAUGGUUACAAAGUAUUCGAGCAUAUGAUAAAAGCAAGGACACAGCUGGUAUGCUAGCUACUUCAAAACGAGUUAUUUUGUCUCAGGGCACCAUUUUCUCUACUCGCGAGUUUUCAAUAGCUGUUAGUGUAUUUGCAGAUCAAAGUACUACUUUGCAGCAUGUAAAAGACGUUGCACCUAAAUAUUUCGUGAGCAGCAACCAUGGGCGCCCGCUAGGAUUACGAGACGGUCGGGAUCGCCUCGAAAUUUCAUACGGUGUCCAGAACCUCGACAAAAUACAAAUUGUUCCCACAAAUAACAAAAUACAUAGCUUUUUUUUCAAAAUUGUGGCGGCCAAAAAGGGGUUAAACGUUUGAAAAAUAUAUAUCUUUUAUCUUAUUGAUCCCAAGAAACAACUUUUAUUGUGGACAAGUGUUCAUUUCAUUAAAUAAAGUAUAUGCCAAAGAUAGAAAUA